CCAACCUCUCGCAUUUUUGUGCUAGGUUUUCUGCAUCUUCCAUCUCCUCCUCCUUCUUCGCCAACCUCGAAAAUUGGAUUCUUCUUCUUCAGCACGGAUUCAUUUACAUACUUGAACAAAGAUCUCAUCUCACUUCUCAAAGAUUCUCACCAGUGAUUAGUGAUGGCUCAGCCGCUUGUGAAGAAAGAUGAUGACCGCGACGACGAAGGUGCACUUCCCCUUUCGUAAUUUGAUAUGCUUUCUCUCUCAUUCGCCCUUUGCAUUUUCAUUUCUCUCCGUUGUUGUUGCCAUUUCCAUUAUCGAAUCAAUCUCUUUUGCUUUCAGAUCCGUGUUUCAUUUCCAUUUCCGAAUGCUACAGUAGGGUUCGCCUAGUUAGAUUUCUCAAUUCUCAACAUCCUUGUAUUAGAUCUUAUGUUUCUCCUCUCUGACUUCCCUAACUCUCUUUCUCGUUUUAUUCCUUUUCGCUUGUGAAUACUUGAAUUGAUCAUUCGCAAUGCUGAUCGUGGAAUAAGUUUCCGGUGAUUACUUGAUAGUGCUAGAUUUUUUAAAAUCUUUGUUGUGAUUUUCUUUUUUCUUUGGUUCCGAGUCAGGGUAAUACCUAUUGGUGAUAUUCUUGAGGUCAAAGCCUUGACGAAUUGCUCUAAUGAUGUUAUAAACCUGUCCCUUUCUGUAGGUGGGGAAAAUUAGGAUUGUUGUUAAAAAAUAUUCAUUUUUAAUUUUCAAGUGCGAUUAAUGAAAGACAGGGACACUGGAGAACACAAGGGUUAUUCCUUUGUGGCUUUUAAAACAAAAGAGGUAGCACAAAAGGCUAUUGAGGAGAUACAUAGCAAGGAAUUUAAGGGUUGUCAACGACAUGGGUCUUCUACUAAGAAGAACAAAGAGUACCAAGAGAAGCUACCCGUUGUUGUGCUUAGGGUAGAGGAAAUUAUUUACUCUAAAGCCAAUUCCGAGGCUGAAUACAUGGACCUUACAACACUUUUGGAGAGAACAAAUGAUGCUAUUGAUACAAUAGUUUGACGUGAUGAGCAUACAAAAACUGGAGAGUAUUUGCGCCCUUGUAUCAAAGAUAGUGUUUUACUUUACUCAACUCUUAUUAUAUCAAGUUGCACCAUUUCUGUUUAGUUUGUUUCAUUUAACCAAAGGAGUAGCAACUUAAG